AUGUCCAAAUCCAGCACAGCUGAUAAAGACACGCCGAGUCCCGCAGAGUCAAAAGCGCUCUCCCGCGCCAGCUCAACAAGUGCCGUGUCUACUUGGCCGCCACCUCUAGGCCCUGCAGAUCUCUACCAGCCGAUGGAAGAUACGAUUAUUCCUCUCUGGUUCAAUGCCUAUCUGUACCUACCCCAAGAUCCGUCCGUUCGAAGUGGCUUUAUGGAAGUUCUUCCGGGAAUGUACUCCAACGCUCCCCCGGGAUCUCAUCUUCAUCUCAGCACUUUGGCUGUUGGGUUCUUCACUAUUGCUGCUUGGACAGGACAGGGGCCUUUGCUGCGGGAAUCAGAGCGAUGUUUCUUGAGGGCAUUGCCUAAGGUCAGGGAGGCUUUGCAAUCACCCAAAGAUGCCGAUGUUGACACUAUGCUUGUGUCCAUCCUUCUGCUCUCAACAUACGAAGAACUGGCAGCGACUAAAGACUCAGAACACCCCGUUCGAACCCAUCUCCGCGGAGCCAUCGCGCUCAUCAACGAGAAACGAUCAAAACCUACAAUCACAGAGCAGGCUCCAUCCCAACAAAUCUCACACGCAAUCGAAGCCCAAAUAAUCAAAAAUUCCCGGACGUUGGUGAACCCUAUGGUCCCAACGCCCAAAAUCUGGCCCCUCCCACACGCCCGAAGCCCCUCACCAAAAGUAAUACUCUCCUCGGUAGCCUCACAAAUCGUGCACCUCCGACAAACCUGGGAAUUCCUCCAAACCCAGGCAUUCCCCAAAAACGAAACCCAAAUCAAGAAUCUCCUCAAAAAAGCCAACGAAAUUGACAUAAACCUCGUCUCCUGGUCCCACUGGCUCCCAGAGCACUGGCGUCCCAUCCCAGCGACCAUAAUACCCCCUUCCGUCCGAGAAGCAGGAAUGUACCGCAACCGCUGCGACGCCUACACCGACAUGUGGAUCGCACUAACCUGGAAUACCUUCCGCGACUGCAGAAUUCUGGUGCAGAGGAUAAUGCUCAGUUGUCUUCGGAUGAAGCCGUCUUUUGAUCCGGACGGAACACGAGAUGCGGCGAUCUCGAUGACACUUCGCAAGCUUGCGGAUGAUGUUUGCGCUUCCGUGCCUUAUUUUCUUGGGGAUCAGGUUGAAUCGGUUAGGAUGAAGUCUGGUCUUGUUAGGUAUCCGUGGGCGGAGACGAGGCCUGUUACGCAGACGAUGUCGGCGCCGCUUAUGGGGCCGUGGCAUGUUUUGCCGUUCUUGAAGAAUUUGUUUUUCUCGGGGUUGGGGUUGCCUCCUGAGCAGGUUUCUUGGAUUGGGGGGCAAAUUAAUCGGGUUUUGGUUAUUUACUUUCAACGGUGA